GUCUUUGUCUGUUUCAUCUUCUCUCUCCAUCUGUACUCUCAUGACUUCUUCAAGAUCGGUCAAAUUGUUUCUCCAAUGGAAGCUAUUCAGUUCGAUUAUUCUUCUUCUCCAAGCGAAAUCCACCAGGGGACUCACGGAUGAUAGCGAUUGGCUCCGGCGGAUCAGCGGGAACGUGGCACCUUACCGGACGAUCUUCGUCGACCCAUCUGGGCGGCUUGGCAACGUCACCACCAUACAGUCUGCCAUCGAUUCAAUUCCCUCGAACAAUAAGAAGUGGGUUUGCAUCUAUAUCAAGAAAGGGAUUUACAGGGAGAAGGUGAAAAUACCAGAGGACAAGCCUUAUAUCAUCCUCAAAGGACAAGCGAAGAGGACGACUGAGAUCGUGUGGGACGACCACGACAACAUCGUGCAAAGCCCAACUUUCACAUCUCUGGCUGAUAACAUCAUUGCUAAAAGCAUCAGUUUCAGGAAUUCAUAUAAUAAUCCUAUUAACAAGAAACACCCUAGGGUUCCAGCAGUUGCAGCUAGGGUUUCUGGGGACAAGAACGUGUUCCAUAGAUGUGGGUUCUAUGGUUUGCAAGAUACGUUGUGGGACGACAAAGGACGACACUAUUUCAAGCGUUGCACAGUCCAAGGAGCUGUUGAUUUCAUAUUUGGUGGUGGUCAGUCCAUUUACGAGAAUUGUGCAAUCUCGGUGCUUGGAGGAGCCCUAGGGUCUGGAGUGACAGGAUUCAUCACAGCGCAAGGCAGGAGCAACCCAGACGAUGCAAGUGGGUUCGUGUUCAAGGAGUGCAAUGUGUUUGGCUCCGGCUCGGCCUUGUUGGGAAGGGCGUGGAGAGCCUAUGCGAGAGUCAUCUUCUAUCGCUCCAAUUUCACCGACGUUGUGAAUCCUCGAGGCUGGGACGCAUGGAAUUUUGCCGGACAAGAGUCCCAAUUGACAUUUUCAGAAUACGAGUGCUAUGGACCUGGGUCGGGUACUUCUCUCCGGGCGAGUUGGGAGAAGAAGCUGAACGCGGCAACAGUCAACCAGUUGACUAGCACGAGUUUUGUCGACUCCGAAGGAUGGCUAAGCAGUCAACCUUCCUGAUACUCUGCAUGGAUUUAGAUUACCUUCUGUUAUACUCAUUGAUUAUUCCCUUUUCCAUCACGGAAAUGUGUGAAUUAGUUGAUUGGAUUAUUGGCAUGUAACUAGGAAUAGGUGAUUCAGAAGUUGGUAGAGUUGUGUACAUCUUUGUGCGUAUGUAAU